UCUAGAAGGUGAGAUAAAAAAUUCCAAACGAACGCGUGAUCUUGUCAAACAAACUAAACUAUAACUCGGGUUGAAAAUGAUUCUGAAGUGGGUAUAAAAGCACCACAAUAGGUUAGAACAAGGAAUCAGAGCCACCACCCCCACCACCACCGUUUUUGUCCACUCCAAAGUCCCUCUGUUCUUUCUUAUAAACCAAACACAAACCUCUCUGUUCUUUCUUUCAUUUUCAAGUCAUCAACAGUUAUUAACUUGUGAAUCAACUUAUUGAAAUGGAACACUUGUUGGGUCUUCUCAGAAUUCACAUCCACAGAGGGGUAAAUCUUGCCGUCAGAGACCUGAAAAGCAGCGAUCCUUAUGUUAUUGUCCGGAUGGGCAAACAGAAAUUAAAGACACGGGUGAUUAAAAGGAAUGUCAAUCCCGAGUGGAAUGAAGAUUUAACUCUUUCCGUCGCAGACUCUAAUCUUCCAAUCAAGCUUGCAGUGUAUGAUAAGGACACAUUCACCCUUGACGACAAGAUGGGAGACGCAGAGUUUGACAUUAAACCAUUCCUAGAAGCAGUAAAAAUGCGGCUGGGGAACCUCCCUAGUGGAACCAUAAUAACCAGAGUAAAACCAGGCCGGGACAACUGCUUAGCAGAAGAGAGCAGCAUUGUGUGGGCUGAGGGCAAGGUCGUCCAAGAUAUGGUUCUUAGACUGCGAAACGUUGAGUGUGGUGAGGUUGAACUCCAGUUACAGUGGAUAGAUGUUCCGGGUUCCAGAGGUCUGGAUAUGUAAAUUAAGCUUUCUUAGUUUUUUUGCACGCAGUGUACAGGCUGGUUUCUGCUGGUGUCAUAGAAUGGCUCCAUAUGAGUUUUCUCUCAAAGUUGUUUUGUUUUUUUCAUUGACAUGUAAUGACAAUUUUUUGUAUUUGCAUGAUACCAUUUAACAAAAUAUAAUACCCUAUUACUUUCCGAAA